AAUUAUACUUCGUGUCUCGCCCUUCGAGAUUACGAAGGUAGUAUCACUACUUCGUGCCUAACCAGUCACAAUUUUAGAGCAAAGGAAAAUUUUCAAUUUGCCGCCGCCUGCCCCACUCCGCGGCUCCGCGCCUUCGCACGGCUGCCACUUCCAUCGUCAUUCGUUUUCUUUGUGCCAGACAAGUCACAGCUAGAGCGUAAUUUCCAGAAUUUUAUUUUGAAAAGUUUUAGGUUUUGGAAAAUGGGUAAAAGUAAGAAGAGAUCACGCAGUAAAGAGAAGGAAAACAACGAGUUAUGGAAAAGAAUAAAGAUUCUAGAAAGCCUGGUUGCAUCUAGCUUACCAAGACAUCCGUUACGAGAGAAAACUAAGGACAACGAAAAAUCUGAUUCGCCGGAAACAUCACUGCAUAUAUCCCAGGUAGAAAAUACAGGUAGACUGGACAGAAUGUUGAGUCCAUCAGAAGAGUCUAGGGCAGAUAGUGAAAAUCGGAAUUCUCCAGAAAUUCAAUCCGAGAAUGUCCAGACCGUAAUCACAGCGGCCUUACCUCAACAGACUGAAGCUCGGGAAACAAAGAUUACACCUCUCACUAAUCAAAUAGACCAGGAUAAAGAAGACAUCUUCGAUUUGGACGAAGAAACAUUAAAAAUCAUCGGCGAAGAGCCCCCAGAGAACCAAAAAGAGCUUGAAAUUCACUCUAGCCUGGUAAACCGUUGGAAUCCUUGGUUAAAUCAGGGACUAAAGAAGGAGGUAAGAGACGAAUUACUCAAGAAGUACCCUAGAGCAGGGACUUGCCCUUUAGAACCACCAAUUCUUAACCAAGAACUGAGCACAUUAAACGCUAAUAUCCUUAAAAAGGAUAGAUACUUUGCUUUCACCCAAAAACUAGCCGGUUCAGCUCUUUCUGCACUAGCCCCGGUCAUAACAGAUUUAGUUCCUAUGAAGUCAGCGGAAGCGAAAAGAAGGUUAGAAAAGCUUUGGGACGCAGCUCAGCUGUUAGCGGAAAUUCACCAUUCUCAAACAAUAGCUAGAAGAGCCUGUAUCCUACCAAGCGUCUCAAAGCAGAUGGCUGAGCAGCUGCUACAAAGGAAAGCAGACAAAUACUUAUUUGGUGAAAACUUGUGCGAAAAAAUUAAAGAGGUCAAAAUGAUUAAUAAAAUAGGACAGGAUAUAAAAAUACAACCACAGAAAACCAUAUCUAACACACCAAGCUCGUCAAACUGGAAAGGCCCACUGGUAUCCCAGAAGUCGACGACCCAGUCGGGCCCCAGAUACCGACCUCAACAACCAAGGAAGUCGACAGCAUCGGACUCAACGAAGAAGUCUUACCCGAGAUCGAAUUACUAUCGAGACCGCUCCCGGUAUCGAGACAGAGCCAGGCAUCACUAGAGUCAAACCAGGUCAUUACAUUGGCUGGACGACUAACAAGUUUCAUAAAUACUUGGAAAACCAUCACAUCCGAUCCUUUCAUCCUGGAAUGCGUAAAAGGUUAUAAGAUACCUUUUAAGUCUUUACCUAAUCAAUCUCAGAUCCCUACCAUGAGAAGUUGGCAUCAAUCUGAAUAUCUUGAACUACAAAAAGAGAUAGAUCGCCUUCUGUCAAUUGGAGCAAUAGUUCCUUGCGACCCAACAGAAGGUCAAUUUCUUUCAGAUUACUUUUUAGCAAAAAAGCCGGAUGGCAGUAACCGGUUUAUUUUAAAUCUUAAAAAACUAAAUCUUUUUGUAGAAACAGAACAUUUCAAAUUGGAAGAUCUUAGAGCUGUAUGUAGAUUACUAGAGCCUAAUAUGUUUAUGGGAUCAAUUGACUUAAAAGAGGCUUAUUUUCCUUAUCUCUAUACAUAAGAAUUAUAGAAAGUUUCUCCGCUUCAGGGUUAAUUCUCAAGUUUACGAGUUCACUUGCCUACCCUUUGGACUUAGUUCAAGUACCCUGGUAUUCACAAAGAUAAUGAAACCAGUAAUGAACAGCUUAAGACUACGCGGAUUUUUAUCGGUUAUUUACCUAGAUGACAUCCUAUGUUUGGGUGAAACGAAAUCAGACUGCUGGAUCAAUAUUCAAACCACUUUUAAUUUUUUAAGAGGGUUAGGUUUUAUAAUAAAUGAGAAAAAAUCCAAAUUAAAUCCGGAACGUAUCUGUAAAUAUUUAGGAUUUGUCAUAAACUCCGCUCAAAUGACAAUAGAAUUACCACGAAAGAAAAAAGCAAAUUUAAUAAAUCAGGUUUGUAAGAUGGAAAGAAAAGAAACCUGUUCAAUUCGAGAAUUCGCCCAAUUCAUAGGCCUAUUAGUAGCGAGUUGCCCAGGCGUUGAAUACGGCAUGAUACAUUCUAAGUCAUUAGAAGUAGCAAAAUUGCGGGCGUUAGAAGAAAAUAACGGUAACUUUGAAAAAAUAAUGAAAAUUCCAAAAUCAAUUAAGAAAGAUUUAAGUUGGUGGAAAAAUAAUUUAGAGCCUUCCUACAAGACAAUAAAAUCAAUGAAUUUUGCGAGAGAAAUUUUUUCAGACGCUAGUAAAACAGGCUGGGGAGCUUUCUGUAACGGUAAAAAAGCCUACGGUCACUGGACCUCCAAACAAUCAGAAUUACACAUAAACCAACUAGAACUAAAAGCUGCACUCUUAGCACUAAAAUCCUUUGCUAAUGAUCUUACGAAUCGUGAAAUUCUUCUCAGGAUAGAUAAUAUCGACAGCCAUGGCCUAUAUUAAUAAAAUGGGCGGUGUAAAGGUAGAGUAUUUACAUACGGACGCCGAGGAAUUUUGGAACUGGUGUGAAGAGCGACGACUGUGGGUAUUUGCCGAAUAUAUUUCUUCCAGAGAGAACAAAGAAGCAGAUACCUUGUCGUAGAAUACAAAAUAAAGAUAUUGAAUGGGAACUGGCAGAUUAUGCAUUUCGUGAAAUCCAAGUACGAUUUGGAAAUCCCGAGAUUGACCUAUUUGCUUCAAAAAAUAAUACAAAGUGUGAGAUUUACUGCUCAUGGGAAAGGGAUCCUGACGCAUUUGUUACUAAUGCUUUUACACUCUCAUGGUCAAACUUAAACUUUUACGCAUUCCCACCCUUUGGCAUAAUUGCCAAAGUACUUCAAAAAAUUAAAAACGAUAAAGCUUCUGGAAUUGUAAUAGUACCCCUCUGGUCUAACCAAAUAUGGUUCCCAGUAUUUAUGAAACUACUCAAAGGAUCAUAUUUAGAGUUCCACCGAAAUGCCAAUCUUUUACUCUCAUCUUGCAGAACACGACGCCAUCCUUUAGCAUUCAAACUUACCCUGGUUGCCGCCAGAUUAUCAGCGAAGCCUUCAGACGAAGAGGAACAUCAGAGGAUGCAGCGGACAUAAUGCUAAAAGCAUGGGAAGAUUCAACAAUCAACCAGUAUAAUAACGCAACUAAAAUUAUGGUGGAAUUGGAACAGCACACAAAAUACCGAUCCUUUUGACGUAUCAAUAUCCAAAGUCUUAGAAUUUCUAACCUUAAGAUAUCAAAACGGCGCAAACUAUGGAACAUUGAAUUCAUCAAGAUCAGCAUUAGCAACAAUAUCCACGGAAGACAUCGGAACUAAUGAUUUAGUCAAAAAAUUCAUUAAGGGAUCAUCGAAAACAAGACCAAACAAGCCGAGGUACGAUUCGACGUGGGAUGUUGAUCCCGUAUUAAAAGGACUACAGAAGUGGUUUCCGUUAGAAUUAUUAACCUUAAAACAGCUUUCACAAAAACUGGUCCUCCUAUUGGCACUUGGGACAGCCCAUAGAUUACAAACUCUGGCCUUAAUCAAGAUCUCUAAUAUAUCUUCUUCUGACAAAGGACUAGAAGUAAAAAUUCCAGACAGAAUAAAAUCGUCAAGAGUAGGAACCAAGCAACCACUUUUAAAACUUCCUUUUUUCAAGGAAAAGCCGGGUUUGUGCAUUGCAAAGACCUUGUUACAUUACCUGAAAGUCACACAAGGUCUACGAAACGGAGAAGACACACUAUUUAUCUCCUUCCAGAGGCCACAUAAGAAAGUAAAAAAGGAUACCCUAGGGAAAUGGUUAAAAUCAAGCUUGAUCCUUUUCGGAGUAGACAGAAAAUUCACACCACAUAGCACUAGACACGCUUCAACCUCAAAGGCCUUUGAGAAAGGAGUAAGCAUUGAGGAGAUUAAAAGAAUAGCUGGAUGGUCUUCGAAUUCCAAAGUGUUCGCGGAUUUCUAUAACCGCCCUAUAAUUAGUACACAAGAGACUUUUGCGAGAACGGUAUUAUCACCUAAUAACUAGAAUAUAACAAUUGUUUUCUUUUAAGUAAAAAAUUUUAUUUUUCCUUUGCUUUAAAUAAAGUAAUAUAUAUAUUAU